CAUUAGUAUUCAGAAAGAUAUUAAAAAAUUGAAAAACCUUACAUUACACCUUUAAACGCUCCUUCAACGGAGAAAAGGAGUUUGAUAGGCAUUAGAAACAUACUCGUGAAGAAGAUGCAACAACCAUUGAGAAACGCCAUUGAAGUAACGACAAAUGAGUUCGGGCAAUUCGACGUGGUUUCAGAUGAUUCAGAUCACCACUUUCUGGGUUCAGAGAAAGGAAAAUGCUUCACCGAUUCAAAGAGUGAAGCGUACCGCACCAUCAUGAGAGAGUGGAGAAUCCUGGAGCAUAACUUGCCCGAAUCAAUCUACGUGCGUGUCUACGAGCGACGCAUUGAUCUAAUGAGGGCCGUGAUUGUAGGUGCUGCCGGCACACCGUACCACGAUGGUCUCUUCUUCUUCGACAUUUUGUUCCCUUCUGAUUACCCGAAGCACCCUCCAAAGCUGCAUUUUGACUCUUUCGGGCUCCAGGUCAACCCAAAUCUUCACCCCAGCGGCGAAGUGUGCUUGAGCCUUCUCAACACGUGGUACGGGAAAAAGAGGGAGAAGUGGGACCCAUCAGGGUCGACCAUGCUCCAAGUGUUGCUCUCCUUACAAAGUCUGGUUCUGAACGAGAACCCAUACUUUAACGAGCCUGGUGCAACUACAUUGGGGCGUUUAAUAAACUUGGAGAGCACGUCACGUGUGUACAACGAGGACGUGUUCACCCAAACCUGUAAAAUUUCCUUCCAUCUGCUUCAGGAUCCGCCUCGGAACUUUGAAGCCUUUGUCAGUGCCCAUUUUCGCGAGCGAGCGUCACUGAUUCUCGCGGCCUGCAAUGAGUACGCGAAUGGCCGCGUGAGAGUUGGGUAUUACUCUUCUGAUCACUUGCCUCCUUUGUCAAGGGUACAAGUUUCACGGAGUUUCAAGAAGCAGAUGAUAGAGUUUUACCCUCUGCUUCUUCGAGCGUUUCGACAGAACGAUAGUGCUUCUUUGGGGGGUUUCGUCCAACACUUGGAGCUGGAGACGGAGGAAUCCGAAUACAAAAGCACUGAAAUCAUCGAGGAGGUCGUCAACAAGAUAGUUAUCGGUUCUUUAAUCUUCUUAAUUUGUCUUGUUUCUUAUUUAUUACUGAAAAGGUUGGUAUUUUAA